AUGUACAUACUCACAAAUGCAAGCACACCGAUGUACGAAUACAAUGCGACGGAAAACGAUUACACUCCUUAUAAAGAGAGAAUCGAAACUUACUUGGUGCCAGUCAUAUUUGCUAUCAUUUUCAUCGUAGGCGUUUUGGGCAAUGGCACACUUGUCAUAGUGUAUGUCAGACACAGAGGCAUGAGAAAUGCGCCUAAUACAUACAUAUUCUCACUAGCGCUCGCAGAUUUGCUUGUUAUAUUAAUAUGCGUGCCGUUCGUGUCAGUCAUCUACACGUUAGAAUCGUGGCCAUGGGGAGAAGCUAUAUGCAGGAUAUCCGAGACUGGCAAGGACAUAAGUAUAGGCGUGUCCGUAUUCACGCUCACUGCUCUAUCGGCUGAGAGAUAUUGUGCUAUUGUCAACCCGUUUAGAAAGCUUCAGCUUCGCAAGUUGCCUCUUGUAUGUGCGACAAUCAUAUGGGCUGCUGCACUCAUCUUUGCAGCGCCAGCAGCGCUCUUUUCUAGCACAAUCACAGAAGAUAUAUACACCAACGUUUCGAUUGUUUAUUGCUCGCCUUAUCCACCUGAGUGGAAUAAUUAUUCUAAAUGGAUGACAUUAAUUAAGGCGGUCGUUUAUUACGCUUUGCCGCUCUUGGUGAUCGCAUUCUUUUACUCUCUAAUGGCUCAACGAUUACUGGCAAGUACUAAAGAGAUGCCCGGAGCGUUACACGGCGGCCAAGGAGAAGCUCAGGCGAAAGCUCGAAAGUCUGUCGCGUGCAUGGUUUUGAUAUUUGUUAUAGUGUUCUUUGUUUGUUUUCUACCAUACCAUGCUUUGGAGGUAUGGUUCUACUUGUCGCCCACAGCGCAGAGUGACUAUAACGACUGGACUCAUGCUUUUAGAAUAAUCGCAUUCUGCUUAAGUUUCCUGAACUCCUGCGUCAAUCCGGUCGCACUGUACUGUGUAAGUGGAGUCUUCAGACAGCACUUCAACCGUUAUCUUUGCUGUCAGCGCGGUGCGUUACACCCAUCUUGCAGCUCUAGGCUGUCAAGAACUGCUAUAUGUGAAACAUCCUUUAGAAGUACGCAACGACAUCGAUGCAAUCGGAAUCCAACAGAAAGUGUGGUCAUAUCGAACUACGACUACGGCAGUUCAAAGAAGAAAAAUAACAUCAUAUCGCGCAACAGUUCGGACGGCGUCACUAUCAUGACCAUUAGAGAUUCAAAUGAUUUUAUCACCGACGUAAACGAGAAAUGCAUUGAUAGA